UGUGACAGCUCACUCACUUGCCUUAUAUUUUGUUUUCCUUCAAAUACCCCCCCAUCAACCUAAACCGACUAGUUUUAACAAUAUUUUACACCACACCGCCUUCCUCCCCUCUUUCUCUUCAAAUCUCAGCUACUCCUUUUUCACUUUCUUUAAGUGCCUAACCUACAUUCAAACCUCAUAUUUUCAACUACUACUACUAUACUAUCUACUACAACAAGAACAACUCCAAUCUUUCUUUCUUUAUUGUUAUUCUGCAUCUGCUGACAGAAUGAAUAAACAAGAAAUGCUCAAGUCUCAGACUUGUGUACUUAAAGUGAACAUACACUGUGAUGGCUGUAAACAGAAGGUGAAAAAGAAAUUGCAGAAGAUUGAAGGUGUUUACACAGUGAAGAUAGAUUCAGACCAAAGCAAAGUAACAGUGACAGGAAAUGUUGAUCCAGCAACGCUGAUAAAGAAGCUAGUGAAAUCAGGGAAACAUGCAGAGCUAUGGGGAGGAGGACAAAAGGGAGGUUCUAAUUUCAAUAUGAUGAACAAUCAGUUCAUGAACAUGCAAAUGGACAACUUUAAAGGUGGAAAAGACAACAAAUCUCAAAAGGGUGGUGGUGGUGGUGGAAAUAAGGAACCACCAAAGGGGAACGCCCAACAGUUUCUUCAGAUGAUGCAGAAUCUCAAAGGGUCAAAGGAUAAUUUCAAGAUGCCUAAUAAUCCAAAUCCCAAGGAUCAAAAAUCUGUGAAGUUCAAUCUGCCUGAGGAUGAAUUUGAUGAUGAAUCUGACGACUUCGAUGAUGAAUCUGAUGAUUAUGAUGAUGAAUCUGAUGAAGAAUUUGGUGCCCCUCCACCUUCUAAAAUGAUGGGGGGUGGACCUCAUGGGCUUAACGCUAUGAUGAUGAAAGGUGGGCCUAUGGGUAAUAAUGGUGGAAAUGGCAAGAAAGGUGGAGUUGAAAUCCCAGUACAAAUGAAGGGUAUGGCUGGAAAUCAUCAUGAUGGUGGCAAAAACAAUAAUAAUGGAGGAGGAAAACAGGGGAAAGGAGGGAACCAGAAUCAAAAUGUUGGUAAAAAUGGUGGUAAAGGCAACAAUAAUGGAAGUUUUGGUGCAGCAGUACCACCUCAGAAAGGAGGAGGGGGAGGGAAGAUGGAUGGAGGUCUAAUGAUGAACAGUCUGCAACAAGGAGGGCCACAUGGUAUGAUGAGUAUGGGUCAAAAAAGUGGAGGUCCAAUGGGUAAUCACCCAAUGGCUCAUAUGUCGGCAGCUCAAGGACUACCCGCCGGUGGUCCUGGCGGUUACCCGGGGAUGGGUCAAGGAGGCAGCAACCCUUAUAGCCAACAACAACAACAGUAUAUGGCACAAAUGAUGAUGAACCAACAGCGGCCUGCCGGAUAUGACAUGUACGGAGCCCAUCCAAACAUGUACGGUGCCCAUCCGAUGAUGUACGCCCGGCAACAUCCAUCCGUGAGUUACGGGCCACCGCCACCUAUGGGUGCUCCGGUGCAUGAUAAUUUCACUCAUAUGUUCAGCGAUGAGAAUACAGGCAGCUGUAGUAUUAUGUAAAUUGUUCUUUUUUUUUUUUGAUAUAAAAGGUGUGUACUUUGUCUUGGUCUUUAGCUUAUUAUGAACUAAUCAGGGACUAUGCUUUUGUCUUCAGAAAAGCAAAUUGUAAGAAUUUUGCUUUUGCUAUUACUACUACUAUUUAACAAUUUUGUUAAACUAAAUUCAUAUCUAGUAGCUUUGAUUUAA